ACUGAUCAAAAGCAGAGUGCGGCCGACAAGAUCGAGUAUGCGCGACGCGGCAGCGAAUAGAUAGAUGCCUUGGUGCCUUGUUAAUGUGUCACAUAAGGGAUUCUACAUGUAUUCUACCACAUUUGUGUAUUCUAGCCGAAUAAACAUUUGGGUCUCCCCAAUUUCCGGGGAUUCUGCAGAAUUGUCGAUCUAUAUAGCUACUGUACCUGUACUCCCCCCUAUUCUGAAGCCAAUCCGGGACAAAGUUAAACACGAGGACUAUUGGGCAAUAGCCUGGCCGCAAUUCUCCCACGUCACUUUGCUGGAUACCAUCAUGUUGUUGGAUGCAAUUUCUCUGUGCUGGCUGGUCUCCUUUUCCAUUUAACCAGCAUCACGAUUGUUCAAGACGGUAGACAAAUGCCUCUCAGGUUGCCGUUUUUACGGGAUAUAUCUAUCACGGGCGGCGCUGACCGAGCGAUAUUCAGGAGAGGAGAGGAGAGGAAAAGGAGACGCCAUGAAGCGCACCGUGUUCACCACGACGACUACCCUCCCCGCGACCAUCUCCCGCGAAACCAUCAUCGACACGCUACAUAAUCACCAGGAAAUGAUCGAGCUGAAUCCGCUGGUGAUCCGCUACUCCCGCUGCCAACCGACGCCCUCCGCCCCGGACGAGGAACACGCCUCCGACUGGAUCUGGUACGGAUUGACGGACCGCAUCAAGUUCCUACCCGGGAAAUGGUUUCGCGGGAAAAUCAGCUACAAAGGGAGUUUUCGGGAUCUGCCCCGUGGACUCCGGACACAUGUUUAUGCGCCGAUGGGAGUGGAUAUUCGGGCUACUUGGAGUGUUGGGGGGAAUAAAGAGGAGGAGGAGGAGGAGGGGGAGGCAGGCGAGGAAGGUCAGGCGAGCUCCGACGCAACAAACAUGAAUGACGGUCUGGAUGGUCAAGGUCAAGGCUUGUACCUGCGCGAAGAGGUCGAUCUGCGAUGUCCAUUCUGGUCGGCUGGGUUUGUCAAAAAGACGAUGCGGCGGUCGCAUGGAGUCCUGGUAGAUCGGCUCAUUGGCAAAGCGAGUCAUGGAGGAGCAGAAGCAGCACAACAACAACAACAGCAGCAGCAAGCACCAGCAUCUCCGGGAUUAGCGCCACCGCCAGAGAUCCGGAUAAAUGACGUCCCCGCAUCGGUCUCGAUGGAGCUGGCACGGCCGCGUCCGAGGCGAAGAAAGCAGUCUGUUGCGGAACUCGAGUAGCUUCAGGAUUGGACAGAGAUACCCGGAUGGCGUUGGUUGAGUGGUUUUUGAUCUUUGUUUUGGAUACACAUUAUUGAAUCUAAUUUUUUGACGCUUCCUGUACGGCAAUUUGAAAUCAUUCGCGGCGGAUGUGGAGAGAUAUCCGUGUCCUCUUUGUUCUCUUCGUCUUCAUUCCUUUUUCCCUCCCGGUCAGCCAUACAUAUUGACAAAUUCCGAACAAGUGCAAAGUCAAUGUCGCUGAGAUCUGUCCGGAGGUCUUUCACCUGGCCGUCAGCUGAGUAGAGACACCUUAUCGAGGCCUUUUCGUAUUCCAAAUCGCUGGAUGAUCGCCUGAAUUGAC